UAGUUAGUUUAGAAGAGUGUCCGUGGUCGGAGAAUAAGAAAUGGCAGUGUUCUCUUCAUUCUCACGCCGCUUAUUCAGAAAACAGUUUCCCCUCUUCUCCUUCUAUUUCUCAUUCUCCACAGUUUCGCCAUCUCCGCCUCCGAUCCGAGUCGCGCUCACCGAGUCCGUCGGCCGCGCCGUCUUCGCCACGCGCCCCAUCGCGGCCGCCGACCUCAUCCACACCGCCAGCCCCGCCGUUUGCCAUCCCUACUCCGGCCGCGCCUCCUGCUACUCCUGUCUCGCCGCGCUCUCCAACUCCCAACCACUCCGCGCGCCUUUUUGCAGCCAACACUGUCACCAACGAUCCAAGGGAUAUUACGAUGUUGAGAUGAAAGCAAAUUGGGUGGCUUUUGAUGACUAUUGUGGGUCUCGUGGUUUGAAGUAUCCCUUUCUGGUAAAGCGAUUGGCUUGCAUGGUCAUAGCAGGAGAUGCCAGAAGUGACACUCUUGACAUACUCCAGCCUGCCAAUUUUACUCCUGAGAUGGUAUCAAAGAUGGAAGAAGAGUUUGUCUUGCUAAGGAAUGCCUUUGCGGAGGCACUUAUUGGAGAUGAUCAUAUUGCCUUUUUAACCAAGCAAUGGUACAUUAAUGUUUUGGCUCGAAUUCGAAUCAAUGCAUUUCGCAUUGAGUUGGUCGGAGGACUGUAUGAAGAUCUUCUUUCAUUAGCUGUUGCAUCUGUCGAAGCUGAGGCUGCUGUUGGAAAUGCUGUCUAUAUACUUCCGUCCUUCUACAAUCAUGAUUGUGAUCCUAAUGCACACAUCAUAUGGAUAGAUAACGCUCAUGCAAAAUUGAAGGCACUCCGUGACAUUGAUGAAGGUGAAGAACUCAGAAUCUGCUAUAUUGAUGCCAGCCUGGAACGCGAUGCCAGAAGAGAGCUUCUGUUUCAAGGUUUUGGUUUUCAAUGCAAUUGUAGUAGGUGCUUACAUGGCGAUUAAUCAUUCUUCUCUUAAGGUUUCUCCUGGACUCUGCAAUUGUAGUGGUUGUGUUCUGACAGUGAAAAAUUCCCCAAGUUAUAUGAGGUGCAAUUUUUGGGGGAGAAGGAUGGGUUAGAAAAAGUUCUAAGGAUUUCAUUUUCGAUUUACGGAUUUGAGUUAGGCAUAUUCCAUUAUGCUUCCUGCAUCAGUGAAGUCUGAAACAUUUUCUAGAAAUCGCAUUCUCAUUUUACGA